AUGGAAGAUAAAAAUUUUGUCCCUACAUAUUCAGGGGGGUGUAAAGCUAGAAUAUCCGCAUCAUUGGACAUACAUGGUUCCUGGAAAAUUAAUAAUGUCCAUCUUGACCACAGUCACAAGAACAGUCCCACUAAGUCAAGGUUGUAUCGAUGCCAUCAUGCAUAUGGGGACGAGACAUGCAAUCUCAGUUAUGAUAGUAAUGACGUUGUUGUGGUGCCAGAUCGAUAUAUAUUGGGACGAUGGAGAAAAGAUAUUAACCGCGCACACACGAGGGUAGGCGUUAGCUAUGAUGGUUUGGAUAUUACUCAAUCCCAAAAAAGGUGUGAUGACAUGUGUCGGUCAUUCGCAGAAGUGGCAGACCUUGUUGCGGAUGAAGAAGAGAAAUGUGUUAUCAUCCGUCAAGCAAAAGAAAUUGAGAAUAUAAAGCAUCCAAAAGCAUCAAAGAGAAAAGGUGCGCUUAAAGAAAGUAAACGUAAAUGA